AUGCCUCCUAAAAAAGGUGACUUCGCAAACAUGACAGAAUCUGAAUCAGAGGUCUGUGCCAAUAGUCUAGACCCCUGUGCAUCAAACGAACAGGAAAUUAUCAAAAAUGCAAUCGUGAUUAAAAACAUACCAUUCACCAUUAAGAAGGAAGAACUGUUGGAGUUCAUCAAUUCUCUGCAAUUACCAUUGCCUUAUGCGUUCAAUUAUCAUUUCGAUAACGGAAUCUUCAGAGGCUUGGCGUUUGCCAACUUCAACACUGUAGAGGAGACAAAAAGAAUUGUAAAAGAGUUGAAUUCACAAGAAAUCGGUGGCAGGAAAUUGAGAGUAGAGAUGAAGAAAAUGCUACCGCAAUCAGAAAAGGAGAGAGUCGAGAAGGAGGAGAAAUUGAGAAAACAAAAUUUCAAUAAGCAUCAUCAACAACCGUCAUUCGAGAACGAUCACUAUACCCAAAUAUAUUACAAGAACAACAAUUAUACAACGGCCGCGAUCUCAACCCCUGUGCAGGAAAGGUAUUAUGCCCCAGCUUUUUGCUCACCAUCAUGUAUAGUCAAUCCAAAUAUGCAAAUUCCCACCUCAGUCGAUUUUAAUGACUCAGAGUCGUUAGAGUUAUUUGCGCAAUUAUUGAUAUUCAGGGAAAACGACAAUUACGACGAAUUAGCAUACCCUAUUUCGUUGUCUCCCAAUCACAGAAAUAUUCUAACCUCUUUGAGAAUAUUUUUAGGACUUGUAGAAAUUAUCGAUAAUUCUUUCAUUGUCAUAAGAAAACAACAUAGUUACGUUCCUAACAAUGUUCCUCCCGCACAAAAACAGCUUUCGUCAUUCGGUCAAUUUCUGGCUUCUACACAUACAAAUGGCAUAACUAAGGAACAAUACAACACAUCUCCAACAUCCAUACAAAGUAAUGACCAAAGUUAUUCUCCUGAUCAAUCACUAUACAUGGCAACUUUGGAUUCGCCAAGAUUACUCAAUGGUCCAAGUUAUUUACCUAGUCAAAAUAAAAAUAACCCACUAUUAAGAAACCUAAACGUGUCCCAAUCAAAUACAAAUGCCCCACCAUGGAGUAACUAUCGGUCGAUGACAGGAAAUGAAAACAUUUCAAAUUCCUUGCAGAUUGAUAAUCAAUACGAUUUUAGAAGACUUUCAAUAAACAGCGAUUCGAAUAUGGUGGGAAAUAACCACUGUCCAUCCAUUAGUACAUUCAGCGAUCAGCUUAAAGUUAGUCUCGACAAAUCUUUGAGUGGACUAGACCUAACUUCCAAGAAAAAUAGUUUCACCAGCUUGUCAAAUGCUGCUAUCACCAAAAAGAUUUGGUGA